GAAAAGUGUUUAUCUGUGUCGUCUCCUCUUUGAACGCCGACGGCGGAACUCGUCACGUCAGUCGCUGCCAGAAACUCUGCGUGGGCUCGUUCGAAAAACACUAUGAGUUUACAAGAGAUCUUUGAGAACAUGAAGCUGGCCCGUGAAUAUGCUUUGCUGGGAAACUACAACUCCGCCAGUGUUCUCUACCAAGGCCUGCUAGAACAAAUCAAGAAACAUGUGUACACAACACGAGACCCUAGUCUUCAACAGAGAUGGCAGAGCGUAAAUAAUAGGAUGAUUAAAAACAAGAACAAUCAGCUCGGACGCUAUUAUAUAUCUGGUUUCUUUCUCCAGUUGUGGCAAGAAGUUAGCGAGGAGAGCAGCCAGGUUCAAGACCUCCUGUCGACACUGGAGAGCGUUCAGCUGCACGCCGGAGCUGUUAAACCAAUUGAACCAGACGAUUUUGAGAUGAGGCCUGUGCCCAUUGAACCAAGGCAUUCCCCAUGUCCUGUCAGGAGGCCUACAAACCCGUAUAAAGACACCAAGCCAAUCAACAACCGCCUCAGCGUGGCCGUGAAUGCCCAGCAAAGGCAUUCAUCUCGUGGGGCCAACGGGGGCAGACACAAACCCGCUAAGGGCAAAACAAAAGAAACGAACGACGCAUCUGCUGGCAAAGCAAAGGAAGAUAAGAGCAAAGGAGAUGGCCAGGAAAAAGAAUUGAAAAAGUUUGAUGGGACAGGAUAUGACAAAGACCUUGUGGAAGCCCUGGAGAGAGAUAUCAUAUCUCAGAAUCCAAACGUUAAAUGGGACGACAUUGCAGACCUCGGUGAUGCAAAAAAACUCCUGAAAGAAGCGGUUGUGUUGCCAAUGUGGAUGCCAGCCUUUUUCAAAGGCAUACGGAGGCCAUGGAAGGGAGUGCUCAUGGUGGGACCUCCCGGCACAGGGAAAACACUUUUAGCAAAGGCGGUUGCAACUGAAUGCAGGACUACUUUCUUCAACGUCUCCUCAUCAACACUGACCUCUAAAUACAGAGGAGAGUCUGAAAAGUUAGUGCGCCUGCUCUUUGAGAUGGCCCGAUUUUAUGCUCCCACUACGAUCUUCAUCGAUGAAAUCGACUCCAUGUGCAGUCGCAGAGGUACCUCUGAGGAACAUGAGGCCAGUCGAAGAGUCAAGGCAGAACUGCUGGUGCAGAUGGACGGUGUUGGUGGAGCAUUGGAAAAUGAUGACCCCUCAAAGAUGGUGAUGGUGCUGGCUGCCACCAACUUCCCGUGGGACAUUGAUGAGGCUCUGAGAAGACGUUUAGAGAAAAGGAUUUACAUUCCCCUGCCCUCAGCAAAAGGACGGGUGGAGCUGCUCCGGAUUAGCCUGAAGGAGUUGGAGCUGGCCAAUGAUGUGGAUUUAGACAAGAUCGCUGAGCAGAUGGAAGGUUAUUCAGGAGCUGACAUCACAAACGUGUGCAGGGACGCCUCCCUGAUGGCCAUGAGGCGAAGAAUCGAAGGGCUCACACCAGAGGAGAUACGCAACAUCUCCCGGGAUGAGAUGCACAUGCCCACCACCAUGGAGGACUUUGAGGCAGCGCUGAGGAAAGUUUCCAAAUCUGUGUCGGCAGCAGACCUCGAGAAGUAUGAAAAGUGGAUUGAGGAGUUUGGGUCCUGUUGAAGGGUUGAGACUCGGCCGGGUGAUAUGAGUUGUUGUUCAUAUCUUCCUGGGGAUAACAGAGAGAGGUGGUUGUUUGUUUUGUAAAUGUGUUAAUAAGAUUUCACAUAAUCAUCUGUAGUUUUUAAAUAUGAGAGGGUUUUUUUGUUUUUUUGCAACACACACACACACACACACAUUUGUUUUUGUGCCUUUACAUAUGCCUUGGAUCAUUGUGUGACAAUAUUAUAUAAGCGCAACACCAAAAGGUCAUCUCUCGACACUUCUUUUGUAUGGAAUUGUGUGUUUCUUGCACAUUCUAGAAGAAGUAGAAUUCUAUAAAUAAAAUGGUAUUUUUGAAAGAAAACUGUCACGCGAUGUUGAAAUAUCUAAUUCCCUUUUGAAAUGUGUGCAAAAGCUUUACAUUGUGUUCAAAAUACAAUUUCACAGGGCUUCUCCACUUCCCAUGGGCCUACUAUCCGUGGGAGGGCCCAAGUGGGUCGAGAGCCGGGGACCCCCGGCUACAGAAACUGGCUCUAGAGACGUGGAAUGUCAGCUCUCUGGCAGCGAAGGAGCCCAAGCUGGUGUGCGAUGUUGACAAGUUACGACUCACCUCCCCACACACUUUGGGCUUCGGUCCCGGUCCUCUUGAGAGGGGUUGGUUUAAAAGCUCCUCGAUGGCAGUGCCCCAGGGGGGAAUGAGAGCCGCCCCAAAUCUGAGGCCAUUGUCCUCAGGUUGAAAAGGGUGGAUUGCCCUCUCCGGGUCAGGGAGGAAAUCCUGCCCCAAGUGGAGGAGUUGAAGUAUCUCGGGGUCUUGUUCGCGAGUGAGGGAAGAAUGGACCGGAAGACUAACAGGCAAAUCGGUGCAACGUCUGCAGUGAUGCGGACUGUGUAUUGGUCUGUCAUGGUGAAGCGGGAGCGGAGGUGAAGCUCUCGAUCUACCUGUCGAUUUAUAUUCCUUCCCUCAUCUAUGGUCACGAGAUCACAGAUACAAGGGGCCGAAAUGAGUUACCUCCACGGGGUGUCUGGCCUCUCCCUUCGAGAUGGGGUGACGAGCUCGGGAUGGCCCAGGACACGCUGGAGAGACUACAUCUCUUGGCUGGCCUGGGAACGCCUUCUGGACGAAUUGGCUGGGGAGAGGGAAGUCUGAGCUUCCCUGGUUAAACCGCUGCCACCACGACCUGACCUCCGAUUAGCGGUGGAAAAUGGAUGGGGCUUCUCCAGCAAAUUUGAGGAAUGAUCUCGCUGAAAUGCACCUUACGUUACCCUACUGCAGUGCUUCUCAAUUGUUUUCUGUUACGACCCCCUCAGGAAGAGGAGGAAAAAAAUUUGCGGCAGCCCCCGCGAGUACGCCUCUGUAUGACAUUCUAUGUAAAGGAUAAUCUAAUCUAAUCCUUAUAAACAUUGGAGAAAGUACAAAAGAAAGAUAUAGACUGCCAUCUACUGCAGUGGAUGUGCAAUUACACUUCAUUCUCAUACAGCAAAUCAUGUUCUUCAGGGUCUCACAUGCCCCCCCCCCCCGGCGACCCCACUAUUUGAGAAGCACUGCCCUACUGUAUGUACUGUAUAGACCAGCGAUUCUCAAAAAGUGGGUCGCGAACAGUUACGGAAAGAAAAAUGAAAUGUAUUUCUCCUUGUUUUUUCGGUACAGUACAGAGGCGUACUAGGUUCCCACACGGAAAUUCGUAGUAAAGUGACACAAAGGUUACUUCCUUGGGCUCAAGAGGCCACUAGUUUACUCUGUAAACAAAUACUGUUCAGCUCAGCCCUUGACUGGCAGACUUCAUGCCGAGCAAUAUGCCUUUGGCGGUACAGCAAAUGCAUUUGAAAUUAAAAUAUACUGUGCAUGUUUUCGGAGGCUAUUUUUAAACCCAAAUCUUUAUUGUUCUUAACUUCUCGGAAAGUGGGUCACGACUUUGCAACAAUAGGAAAAUGCAGGUCCCAGGGUGACGACAGUUGCGAAACACUAUCGGCAAAUGUUUUGAGACACCCUAAUGGAGGGUUAGCUCGAUACAUUAGAACAUAGGUGUCGAACUCGAGGCCUGGGGGCCACGUCAUUUCAUUACCCAAAUUGUCAUAAUAAUAAACAAUAUAUAUUGAUAUUGCAUUUUUUUUGUUACCAAACCAUUCUUCUACAGUAACACAUACUGUUAUCGUUGUCUUCUGAUUUCAAAACUAGUUGUCCCUCAAUUUGUUGUGUAAUGGUAAUCUGUUUUGGUUAUUAAAUAUUUAUAUGGUUUCACUGUUCUAACGGCCCUCUGAGGGAAAUCAUAACUGCAACUACAUUUAAAAAAAAAAACGUAAUCUAAAUGUGUAAAAUGAAAAUGGAAUACAAUG